CCGGGAAUGCCCGAGCCCGGCCGAGCAGCAGCCCAUUUCGUUGGGAGACUUCUUUUGCCUUUUUUACAUUUUGAACAGAUAAAACAGAGGAAGCUGCGGAUUGAAUGUUGGAGCUGACUUGGAAGCGAAACCCUCAUUUUGUUCACAAGGAAAGGAUUGUUUUUUGCCCGGGCCACUGCUGCGGAGAGGUUUUUUUUCCUCUCUGUAAUGUUGGAUACUUGAGGGAAAACAGCUGGGCUGAGCAUACUUGAAUCGCUGCAAAGUGGAAUGGGAUGCUGGGGAAUAUGGACUGUAGUGUAUGGCUGAAAAGGUCAGCUUUUUCCCUUGUCCCUCUCAGAGGAAUGCAGGGUCUGUCCUCACGCUCGCCUGGUGAGCUCUUGGAAAGAGCUGGGAGAGGCCAAAGGGAUGGCUGAGAUGUGGCAGGCGGUCCUCCCGGGUGAGAUAGAAGGCGGCUUUUUGCAUCUCUGCCUUUUUCCUGCCCUGCUGCUUUUGAUUUUCGGGGAGGACUGGAACAAGUCAACAGAAUUUUGGUUUGGAGAAGUAGUUGGUGACCACGUUUAAACAGCAAGUCCUGAUGGGCCAGACAGAUGAGAGCCUGGCCCAAACCACAGCAGUGAAACUGGAAUUACAGGGCCAGCCUUGGAGACAGAGUCCUGCGGAGUUCUCCUAAAAGGGGACCGGGAAGUAGCCGAGACAAAAUGCACCACAUGCCGGUCAAGGGCAAGGGUGUGUGUCGUGCUGCUUAGGACCUGAGUCUCCACUCGUUAGACCUUAAGAUGUCAAGAGAACAAUCCGAUGAUGAGACUGAGGAGUCGGUGAAGUUUAAGAGGUUACACAAGCUGGUUAACUCCACUCGCAGAGUGAGAAAGAAACUAAUCAGGGUGGAAGAAAUGAAAAAGCCCAGCACUGAAGGCGCGGAGGAGCCCGUGUUCGAGAGCCCGCCCGGCCUGGACGAGCGGUCCGCCCUGUACUCGGGCGUGCACAAGAAGCCCUUUCUGUUCGACGGCUCCCCAGAGAAGCCUCCGGAAGAUGACUCGGACUCGUUCACCCCGUCGCCGUCCCCCAGCACCCCGGAAGCCUGGGGGGCCGGCCGGAAGUUGGUCAAAACCUUCAGCAAAGGAGAGAGCCGGGGCCUCAUCAAGCCCCCCAAGAAGAUGGGGACGUUCUUCUCCUACCCGGAGGAAGACAAGGCCCAGAAGGUGUCCCGCUCGCUGACGGAGGGCGAGAUGAAGAAGAGCCUGGGGUCCGCGAGCCACGGGAGAACCUGCAGUUUUGGAGGAUUUGACUUGACAAAUCGUUCUCUGCACGUUAGCAGUAACAACUCUGACCCAACGGGUAAAGAAGGAGAUUUUGUCUACAAGGAAGUCAUCAAAUCACCCACUGCCUCCCGCAUCUCUCUCGGAAAAAAGGUCAAAUCAGUAAAAGAGACAAUGAGGAAGAGAAUGUCUAAGAAAUACAGCAGCUCCGUCCCUGAGCAGGACAUGGGCCUCGAUGGAAUGCCGGGCUCCCCUCCGUCUUCCCAGCCUGACAGUGAACACAUGGACAAGCCCAAGCUCAAAGCCGGAGGUUCUGUAGAGAGUCUGCGGAGUUCUCUGAGCGGACAGAGCUCAAUGAGUGGGCAGACAGUGAGCACCACCGAUUCCUCCACCAGCAACAGGGAAAGCGUGAAGUCGGAAGACGGUGAUGAUGAGGAGCCCCCCUACCGGGGCCCCUUCUGUGGGCGCGCCAGGGUGCACACCGACUUCACACCCAGUCCCUAUGACACGGACUCGCUCAAGCUCAAGAAAGGAGACAUCAUUGAUAUAAUCAGCAAACCACCCAUGGGCACCUGGAUGGGCCUGUUGAACAACAAGGUGGGCACCUUCAAGUUCAUCUACGUGGAUGUGCUAAAUGAGGAAGAGGAGAAGCCCAAGCGCCCUGCCAGAAGGAAGAGAAAAGGAAGACCACCCCAGCCCAAGUCCGUGGAGGAUCUCCUGGAUCGGAUUAACCUGAAAGAACACAUGCCCACCUUCCUGUUCAAUGGCUAUGAAGAUCUGGACACCUUUAAGCUUCUAGAGGAGGAAGACUUGGAUGAGUUAAAUAUCAGGGACCCAGAACACAGAGCCGUUCUCCUGACAGCAGUGGAGCUGCUGCAGGAGUAUGACAGUAACAGUGACCAGUCAGGAUCUCAGGAGAAGCUGCUUGUUGACAGCCAGGGCCUGAGCGGAUGCUCCCCACGAGACUCAGGAUGCUACGAAAGCAGUGAGAACCUGGAAAAUGGCAAGACUCGGAAAUCUGCCCUUCUCUCUGCCAAGUCAUCCACCGAGUCCAGCUUGAAGUCUUUCAACAGGAAUCAGCUGGGCAACUUCCCCACCCUGCCUUUGCUGAAGUCGGUGGACGCACUGAAGCUGGAGGAGAGCAGGCUGGGCAGCGGUCUGACCCCUCACACCUUCAAGCGCUGUGAUCAGCCGUGUGUGACUGGUUUGAAUAAAAACCGGAGAAGCCUCCCCGUGUCCAUCUGCCGGAGCUGUGAGACCCUGGAGGGCCCCCAGCCUGUGAAAACGUGGCCCCGAUCCCAUUCCCUGGAUGACCUUCAAGGGGAGCCUGAUGAUGAAAAGGAUGUGCCUAGCGCGGCAACAGAGCCCUGCCCUCAGAUACCGGAAGUGCCACAAAAGACAGCCUCCUCUGUCACCAAGGUUCACAGCCCCCAGCAAGAUUCUGCCGCUGACAAUGCAUUGCUACUGACCCAAAGCAAGAGCUUUUCUGACCCUCAGAAAACGACUACUAAGAAACUGGGUGGCUCAGUCGCAGCCUCUUCCCAGGGCAUGUCACCUCCUCUGUGUUUGCCCCAAAACUAUGAUGCUCAACCUCCUAGACACAGUUUCACAAGGACUCCUCUUGAGGGUCACAGAAAAGGACUCGAUUUUGAAGGAACAUAUCAGCCCCCAGGCACCAAAGAAGGUGAGCAGAGGGGCUCUGAGGCCCAAACGCCAGCCAGACAUCCUACGCAGCCUCCACCUGUUCCUGCUAAGAAGAGCAAAGAACGCCUGGCCAAUGGCCUCCACCCCGGUCCUCCUGGUCCCAGCGCACCGAGCCUGCCCCUGAAAAAGGGUGGCUCCGGUGGCCCUAGUGACUGUCACUCACCUCUGGCUUCUGGGCCUCCCUCCAGGCAGGAGCCUGGCAGCCCACCAAGCUCCAGGCCACCACCCUGGCUCUCAGAGCUGCGGGAGAGUGCAAGCCUCCAGGAGCAUGGGGUGAGGCUGGGUGGACCUCUGACCAGGAAGAUCUCCUGCCCUCGGGGAGUCGAUCUGGAAAUGCUCACUGAAGACAAGUUACGGGCUGAAGGCAUUGAUCUCACUGAGGAGCCAUAUUCCGAUAAGCACGGCCGCUGCGGGAUUCCCGAAGCCCUGGUGCAAAGAUACGCAGAAGACCUCGAUCAGCCCGAGAGGGACGUGGCCGCCCACAUGGACCAGAUCCGGGUGAAGCUGCUUCGCAAGCAGCACCGCAUGGCGAUUCCAAGCGGUGGACUCACAGAAAUCUGCAGAAAGCCCCUCUCUCCCGGAUGCGUUUCAUCUGUGUCGGAUUGGCUGAUUUCCAUUGGUUUGCCCAUGUACACCAGCGCCCUCACAGAGGCAGGCUUCAGCACACUGGGCCAAGUGCCUUCUCUGUCCCACACUUGCCUUCAGGACGCUGGCAUCACAGAGGAGAGACACAUAAGCAAGCUCGUGUCUGCAGCCAGACUCUUCAAACUGCCACCAGGCCCUGAGGCCGUGUAGCCAGGCCUGGGAUGGACCUCCCUGGACAAGAGCCACCCUUUCACUGUGCUUAUGAUGCUGAUGCAAUUUCUCUUUCCCCUGACAUGCAGACCAGAUCCAGAAGAAAGGCCCAGUGUGUGGCCAGACAGAGCUCGAAACCUUGGCACAGGCCCGAUGACCCUCUCUUCUCCAGAAAAGCCCCUUUGAGGAAAUCGGGGUGGUUCUCUUUGACCCCCAAAGAAAAGACAAGCACUUAUUUUUAUUUCCAGAACAUGGUAGAACCAAGAUGCCAACUUGCCACAAAAGCUGUGCCUCCGGUCGGUCUGGGUGUGCCGGGAGGGGGUAGAGGGAGGGGCAGCCUGUUCCAUUUCUCAUGGGGCCCUUGACCUUCCGUCUGUCACCCUGCAGGAUCCCCGAGGACCAGACAGGCUUAGCUAGGCCAAAGUAACAGACUCGGGAGUGAUUGUACACGGUUGACACCCUCAUUGGUUCAAAAGUAAGAAAAUCUGUCUGCACUAGAAAAAAAAAGUCCUCUUUUCCUUUAGGUAAACGAGACAUUUUAAUAAUUGCUUUCUAGCAGUCAGCUUUUAUUUGCCUUAAUAUAAGCUUUUAAGCAGUUAUCUAACUAGCGUUCACUACCAUGUAACCAUAGUUCCAAGUCUUUCAGCUUAGACUGCCAUCUGACAUAUCUGGGAUGUUUCCAGGAAAAAUGGGCUUCUCUGAUGAUCUCAUGCUACAUGGCUUAUUUCGCAGGAGUGUGUAUCUAACUACAAAUCUAGUAAAAAACUAUCUGUAAUUCACAAAGAUACCAUGUGUGUAUAUGUGAGUGGGUGUGGGUGUGUGUUUACAUAACUACCUUUCAUUUUAAUCAGUGUAGUGUUGUUACCAUGUUGAUCACUGUGCCAUGGUGUUGGCUUGGACUCCUGGCCACGUCCAUCCCAAAACUCAGCCGUCAGCUAACAGAACACCUCUGCAAAGAGUCAUUGUAAGGCUGAAGAUUUCAGACAUGUUUUGAAAAAGGGAAGUAGUUGAUGAGAUGUUUAAAAGUUUUUUUCUGUCUUACCAUUAAGAUACUGUUUUCCUUCUUUUCUUAUUUAUAUAAUUCUUUUAAUUCAAAUAAAGCUUCACUUUGGAGCCAAACUACAUUCUCCAUAUAUUAGGUAUUUGCAUAUUUUCAAUUGUUUCCAACUGAUUUCAGCACACUCUGCCUUUUUAGUCUUGUGUCUGAUUUCCCAGCAAGCAGUUUAGACAACUAAUAAGAUUUCCAUUUUUCCAAAAUGACUUUGUUUUUUUGUUCUUUCACAAGCACUAUGCUAAGCGUUGACUGUGAUCAUUUACAAUAGAAACCCUGUCAACACAAAGCUUUGAUCAAAAGUUCUGUAAUAUUUCAUCUACUCACUAAAACAAAUGACUUCCCUCAGGGGGGAAAGUGAUUUCAUUAAUUACAAAGCCAUUUCAGCAUUUGCUUUAUAUACUUAGAUCUGUGUUUCUGAGGAAAAGAUGUUCUCAGGUGAUAUAUGUAGUCAUUCUUUGGUAUGCAUUUAAAAAAAUAAUAUAUAUUUCUUCAGUAAGACUUUCUGUAAGAUGCCAUGGGAAGAAGUUGUGGAAAUCUAGAAUAAAAACCUAAAGCUGCCAAAUUUCGAUGGCACACUUAAAAAUGGCCCAUUUUUGUCACCUCAGGUUGUGACGUCCCGUUAGCAUAGCCCAUUUGGGAAGUAACACGGCUGCUGGACUCUCCUAUAACCACGUUGCUGAAACGUGUCCAGUGCUGUGGCCGACACAGGGCUGUCAGGUGGGCUUCUCUUCUGUGUUUGCAGUAACCUCAGCGUGACAUUUGAGAGACCCUGCUCGGAGUUUAAGCAAAAAGACCACGCAUAAGUCAUGCAUAACAGGUAACGAAGGGGGAGGAGAAAUCAUGCGUGAAUUUCCAAGUUUUCACUCUCACUGUAACAUUUAUUGAAGUAAACGUGGCACCAGAAAAGGGAAUUUUCUGAGCUUGAGCUUUUGAGAAUGCCAAACCGUACUCUUGUCACUCGUCUUUGGAAAUCAUUGCCUUUGCAUAGAGAAGUCAAAUUCAGGGACCACGGGUAAUUGUGGGUGGGAAGGCCCUCCUGAUUUGAAAGGUCUGAGGUGGUUUUUAUUUUAUUGUACUUUUAAAAAUCCUUUGUUUUUUAUCGUUAGUAUUUGUUGGGUCUUCUUUUGCUUUACACUUUUAAUUUGAUCCUGGAAAAGCCUCGGUGUUUGUGUGUUACCCUUAACUGAGGUGGCUUGGGGUCGCCUGUGGGUGUUGGAAGACAGGUGGUCAGGUCAGCAAUAUCCAGGUUUAAACAGUUGCACUUGGUACAGGAUGUUGAGGAAAUGGUGGCAAUUGUCAUCUUGGGAAAGCACAAAAGAAACCUGGAAAGGCAGUUAGGCUCAGGUAGCUACACAUCCGUUGUGUAAAUUUUCACUUUGAAGCUGUCGAGGAGGAAAUGCAGCCGGCCCCAACCACUACUGACAUUCCCAAAUAACUGAGUAGGAGAUAGAUUUUUAUGGCUGCCUUACCCUGGGGCCCUUUCCUCUGUCCUAAACCUGGGGGUGGGCGACGUUGGAAAUUACUGGUGUAUUGGUAAUCAGUUCCUGACAUAGCAAAGUUUGCUUUCAUAACUCAGCAAAGGGAGUCAGCUCACCAAGUCACCGCUGCCUGUGUGUACUGUAUUAUUUUCAGAAAAAUAAACCUAGCAGUCUGAGUCCAAGUUCCCUUGAUUUUAAAUUGAUAAAGCAAGAAGCUGUCAAGCAAGUUAUAUAACAACUAACAACAUUGCACUUUCUGUAUAUGAAAUCAGUAUUUAAAUAACUUAUUUUUCUCCAUUGCUGUUUUUAAACAUUGUAAGUAGCUGUAAUAUACCAGUACCAAUAUGUCCUCGCGAUUGCUUCAGCCCAAGAAAGCUGUGUAUUGUUUUUAAAAAAUUGUAAAAAUUAUUGUGAUGAUUCAUUUAGCAAAGAGAAAGGACAGAAGGGUUUUCCUAUGUAUCAAAACUUGUCUAUAAUUGUCAUCUAUGUACCUAGAAAAAAAAAAGUAAAUAAAUUUCUUCAGUUGAACAUA